CUGAGGUCGAUCAUUUACACGAAGAGCAAACAAUUAAUAGGAGAUUACUCUUAAUCCUACUUAAGAUAUGAUAAUAUGUACCACGAAGGCAUCAAAUUAUAACAAGUAGGAAUGCAUGAUAACUAUUGUUUUAUGUUUGAAUUUAUCGAUCACAAACAAACUUUAAAAUUCAUUUAUUGGUAAAUUGAGAUCAAUAGCACGAUAAAUUUUUCCACUAUAAUAGGUACUAAUUGAAGAUUAAAGAGUUAUGCAAGUAACAAUAAAAACAAAUUAUUACAAAUCAAUCUCUCUAACUCUAUUCAAUCGAGGGAUUAGACCAGAAUAGUAAACCGCCAAUUUGAUCCCAAUAUUAGCCCGACCAAAUACCAAAUAAGACUGGGCCUGCUGUGUCGUUGGGCUGACCCAAUCCAAGAGAUAUAUCCAAUCAAAACACCAGCCCAAAAGCCCACACACUAGAGCGCGUAAAUCACGCGCCAUAGCCGGAAAAUAACCGCAAGGAAAUCCGCGACCCAAUCCACCAGCAGCGACGAGCUGACUAACUCCAGUCUUUUUGAUUGUGUAACAGAUAAGAGAGAGAUAGAACACUGCUCCUUUCUCAGCUUCCAUCAAUGGCGGUCUCUCCCGCUUCUUCUACCUUCUUCGCUCAGUCCCAGCUCCACAACCAACGUCUUCCAUUCUCCACCGUCGUUCCUUCUUCCAAAUUCCAUUCCCUACUCUUUCAUUGCCGCUACGUCAAGCCGAGGCGGUUUCACUCUCGCCGUUUGGCCCUGCGCGCUUCCGCCUCCGCAAACGUGACGCUAGACUCCGGCAAUGGCGCUGCCGUGGCUGCUCCUGACAAGGAGCUGGACGAUUAUUCUUCUACUUCAUACGGAAGGAGAUUCUUUCCUUUAGCUGGUGUUGUUGGACAGGAUGCUAUCAAGACAGCUCUUCUGCUUGGGGCAACUGAUCGUGAGAUUGGGGGAAUUGCGAUCUCUGGUAAGCGAGGAACAGCCAAGACUGUAAUGGCUCGAGGUUUGCACGCGAUAUUGCCACCCAUUGAUGUGGUUAUCGGAUCCAAUUCAAAUGCUGAUCCAGCUUGCCCAGAAGAGUGGGAAGACGGCCUAGCUGAGCGAGUGGAAUAUGGUGCGGAUGGCAAUGUUAAGAGCCAAGUUGUGAGAUCUCCAUUUGUUCAGAUUCCGCUUGGUGUCACGGAGGACAGACUGAUUGGAUCAGUCGAUGUUGAGGAGUCUGUCAAAAGUGGAACAACUGUGUUUCAACCAGGCCUUCUGGCUGAAGCUCAUAGAGGUGUUCUAUAUGUUGAUGAGAUCAACCUUCUGGACGAGGGAAUUAGUAACUUGCUCCUCAAUGUGUUGACUGAUGGAGUUAACAUAGUGGAAAGAGAGGGAAUCAGCUUUAGGCACCCUUGCAAGCCUCUCUUGAUUGCUACCUAUAAUCCUGAAGAGGGAGCUGUUCGUGAACACUUGCUAGAUCGUAUUGCAAUUAACUUGAGUGCAGAUAUUCCAAUGAACUUCGAAGAUCGGGUUGCAGCUGUUGGAAUUGCAACUCAAUUCCAAGAACGCUGUAAUGAAGUAUUUAAAUUGGUCUCCGAAGAAACUGAAUUGGCAAAGACACAGAUCAUUUUGGCUCGAGAAUAUUUGAAAGAUGUAUCUGUUAGUCGGGAUCAAUUGAAGUACUUGGUUAUGGAAGCCCUUCGAGGUGGUUGCCAGGGACAUCGAGCUGAAUUAUAUGCUGCCCGUGUUGCAAAAUGCCUCGCUGCUCUAGAAGGACGCGAAAAAGUCGGCGUGGAUGACCUGAAAAAAGCUGUGGAAUUAGUCAUUCUUCCCAGAUCAAAUAUUACUGAAACCCCGCCAGAUCAGCAAAACCAACAGCCUCCGCCGCCACCCCCUCCACAAAAUAAAGACUCUGGUGAAGAGCAGGAAGAGGAGGAGGAAAAUGAGGAAGAUGAUGAGGAGAACAAGGAUGAAGAAGAGAACGAACAACAGCCACAAAUACCUGAAGAAUUCAUAUUUGAUGCAGAGGGAGGCUUAGUGGAUGAGAAACUUCUCUUCUUUGCACAACAAGCACAGAGACGUAAAGGCAAAGCUGGCAGAGCAAAGAACAUAAUUUUUUCUGAGGAUAGAGGUCGAUACAUCAAACCAAUGCUCCCAAAGGGACCUGUGAAGAGAUUAGCAGUUGAUGCAACUCUUAGGGCUGCUGCUCCAUAUCAGAAGCUGAGGAGAGAAAAGGACACCCUAAGGACUAGGAAAGUAUAUGUUGAGAAAAGCGACAUGAGGGCCAAAAGAAUGGCUCGAAAAGCUGGAGCACUGGUUAUAUUUGUGGUUGAUGCAAGUGGCAGUAUGGCAUUGAACCGAAUGCAAAAUGCCAAAGGUGCUGCACUUAAGCUGCUGGCGGAGAGCUACACAAGCAGGGAUCAGGUCGCUAUCAUUCCUUUUCGAGGUGAUGCAGCGGAAGUCCUUCUACCUCCCUCCAGAUCGAUUUCAAUGGCUAGGAAACGUCUAGAGAGACUCCCUUGUGGUGGAGGCUCUCCCCUAGCCCACGGCCUUACAACUGCUGUCAGGGUGGGACUGAAUGCAGAGAAGAGUGGUGAUGUCGGACGAAUCAUGAUAGUUGCCAUAACCGAUGGCCGAGCCAAUAUAUCGCUCAAACGCUCCACGGACCCUGAAUCGCUCGCUCCUGAUGCUCCAAGACCAUCCACUAAGGAAUUGAAGGAGGAGAUUCUGGAAGUAGCUGCGAAGAUAUACAAAGCCGGGAUGUCUUUGCUCGUCAUUGACACCGAGAACAAGUUCGUCUCCACCGGUUUCGCCAAGGAGAUCGCGAGGAUCGCCCAAGGGAAAUAUUAUUACUUGCCAAAUGCUACGGAUGCUGUCAUUUCUGCUACAACCAGGGACGCUCUAUCUGAUCUGAAGAACUCUUGAUCUGAAGAACUGUUGCUGCUGAAUACGUUGAAGAUCGAGCGAGAACUUGGCAAUAUAUUCAUUCACAUUCCCUCAGUGGUGCUCUUCUACUAAUCCGCGGCUGCUGAAUUCGACCUGUUACUUGACAAGCCUUCUUCACCUGUUUGGUUUCUGAUCUUUUAGGACUCGGGCUACCACGAUCUUGUAAUCAUCUAUGUCGGAGCAAACUCGAUCUGUUUCUCGAAUGGUGUUAACUUCUCCUGACUUUGCUUGUGUGAUCUGUAAUCGAUCAGAACUCAACCCGCCAUGAUACGUAAUCGACAUAAGCGAAGAAGCAACAGAUUCAAUAAGAACUACACCACACAUUAUUAAGAGGUCGUUUGGAAGUUACGAUUGUUUUGUUGAGAUUGUCUUCAUUUAGUAGUGAAGAAGUACAUGAGUCUUACCAUCAACCAUGUCGGUCCUAAAUUAUGGCCCAUCAACUAUUUGGAUCCUUAAGCCGAGCCCAUCAGCAAUUUGGGCCGUUGAACCCUGACCCUUAAUCCAACUGUCAAACGUCAGAUGGCUAACCCUAUUAAUCACACGCGGCAAGCUCACGCUCUCUCACGUCCUAAUCCGGAUUCCCACCACGUCACAUAAUUGAAAAGGCUAGACUUAAUCAACUAGCCGUUGGGAG